CGGGUUAUUUACAUUAUCAAACAGAAAGUUUUAAUUCAACAUUGGUUCAAUUUCAUUUGUGUUUACAUCAUAGUUUCGCUUCUCCUCAGAUUCUAAUUUUGUUACUUUUGAUGAACUCGUGGAUUAUCCGCAGGGGUUCUAAGUAUUUAGAAGCAAGGAAUGCAAAUAUAGUGAAUGCCCUGGAACACCUCAGAUUUAUUAAUUUAUCAAUCAUUCGUUGUCUCCCUUCAGAGUAAAGGUGACAGUACUGUAGGACAUGGUUAAUAUCUUGUGUCUCGGUGUUGUCUCCACAGCUGCAUUCCAAGCUAUUGACAGGUGAUCACCUCAAGUACAGAGAUACUGAUUACGUCUCACAAAGAACAUUAAAAAAACCCAUCUUGGGCUCAACCGAAUGGUCAUAAUGUCCAACGCGUAGGUAAUUAGAUCCCAGGUCUGUUGCCCCUGUACGAAUUAUAAUUAGUGUUUGUUCGAGCGGCAGAAUUCAACCGCCAUAUUGUGUUGUGAACUUUUUCCUUGUAAUUAUAUGCUAAUUACUGUUGUUGCCCUCUGAGACUUAACUAUACACCUACGUGUCGUAGGUUAUGGCUUUUCAUUUGAUCCUGCGCAAUUACUGUCCCCGCAACACCAAAUAAUAACUAUAAUAUCUAGGGGAUUUCGACGGAUCUAGGGACAAAAAUAGAAAAAAGGAACGUGCAGGACAGGCCGUAAACCAAGAUUUACUCUAUCAAUUCAAUUGCUAACAUUUGACACCAAUGUGCAAUGGCUUCAAACACUGGGAAAGGAAAAGUCAAAAUUCCGGCAGUACCGGGCACCAAGCCUUCCAUUAAAAAUGCCCAAUUACUUGUUUCAACUGGAAUUCCGUCACUCGACAAUAUUAUAGGGGGAGGCUUAACUAUUGGCUCAAUUCUCCUGAUAGAGGAAGAUACAUACGGAAAUUACGCCAAAGUCAUGCUAAAAUAUUUUCUCGCGGAGGGAGCUGUGAUGUCUCACUCGCUGUUAGUAGCAUCCCAAGACACAAAACCGGAUCAACUGAUAUCGGAGAUGCCUGCUGUUGUGACAGAAUCUCCAGCACCCACACCACCAGCUCCCGCCGAUGAGAAAAUGCAAAUUGCCUGGCGAUACCAAAACAUGAGAAUAUUGGAUUCUUCACCCAAGAGUGGACAAAUGUUCGGUCACUUCUACGAUCUCACCAAAAAAAUAGAUAAAAAUAUUUUGAGUAAUACCGACAUAACUCUCUGGGAUGGAGAGGACAUUACAUACGAAACAAGUGGUUUCAGAAAUAGCGCUUACGUUGAUUUACUUAAGACUGUUCAAGAGACCCUUAAAAAGGGUGAAUUCUACGUCAAUGCCAGCCCCAAUAAGAGAAAUAUAUUGAGGAUAGGGCUACACUCCCUGGGCUCAAGGCUCUGGCUGUGUGAUACUGAAGAAACUAUGCACCAUGACUUUCUCAAAUUUUUAUACUGCUUCAGAGCACUUCUGAGAAGUGCAUUCGCUGUUGCUGUUAUUACAAUGCCAUCACAGUGUUUCCAAGGCCAUAACGACAUUGUGGGACGAAUGGAACAUCUCGCAGACACUGUAGUGUCCCUGGAGUCAUUCGUGGGUUCAUCGAAAGAAACGAAUCCCAUUUUCAGAGACUACCACGGGCUACUUCAUAUAAAAAAAUUGUCUGCCAUCAACACCCUUGCUCCACAUUGUCCAGAGUCGUUCGAUCUCGCCUUCAAGCUACGAAGAAAGAAAUUCAUCAUUGAGAUUCUCCAUUUGCCACCAGAAUUGGGUGACUCAACUCAACGUGAACAGGAUGACAGCAUUCACGCAACCACUUGCGGCAAAGGUGGCAGUAAUUUAAUGGAUUUCUAAUCCAAUUAAAAUAAAUAAAUAAGACAUUGAUUUGAGUUUUGGCUGGAUUGUUGGCCCACUUAACACCAACGGCGUGACCCAUCGACGGUGAAUUAGUGCCGAGAGGCAGGAGAUAGGCUCAACGAACACUGAAUAAAUAACACAUAUAUGUAUAUGGCCCUGUAAACUCAAGAUGCUACAGAAAAUUAACUAUCUCCAUUCGAAUCCAUCAAUUUUUCAUCUCAACUUUGGUGAAACUCAUUGAAAAAUGUAAAUAA